AUGCAUUACAGUGUGGAAAGACAAGGUAUCCAGACCAAUUUGAAGGCCAUCGGAACAAUACAGACUUUUUCAGGAAACACCAAUGCUGAUAGUAUUGUGCACCACAAAUUCCUACACUCGGUGAAAGCUCGAUUUAUUCGAUUUGUCCCAAUGGAAUGGAAUCCAAAUGGAAAGAUAGGCAUGAGGGUGGAGGCCUAUGGAUGCUCAUAUAAAUCAGACAUUGCUGACUUUGAUGGCAGAAGCUCCCUCCUGUACAGAUUCAAUCAGAAGCUGAUGAGCACUUUUAAAGACGUGAUUUCUCUGAAGUUCAAGAGCAUGCAAGGAGAUGGAGUCUUGUUCCAUGGAGAGGGCCAGCAUGGAGAUUACAUUACACUGGAGCUCCAGAAGGGGAGACUCUCCUUACAUAUCAACCUGGGUGAUAGCAAACGUCGUUUCAGUAACAGCCAGCCUUCAGUUACUCUAGGCAGUCUCCUGGAUGACCAGCAUUGGCACUCAGUCCUCAUUGAGCGGUUCAAUAAACAAGUCAACUUCACAGUGGACAAACACACUCAACAUUUCCGGGCCAAAGGAGAUGGUGACUAUUUGGAUAUCGAUUAUGAGCUCAGUUUUGGAGGGAUUCCAGUCCCAGGCAAACCAGGGACAUUCCUGAAGAAAAACUUUCAUGGAUGUAUCGAAAACCUUUAUUAUAAUGGAGUCAACGUAAUUGAUUUGGCCAAAAGACGCAAACAUCAGAUCUAUACUGUGGGCAAUGUCACAUUUUCCUGCUCAGAACCACAAAUUGUUCCCAUCACGUUUGUCAGCUCCAGUAGCAGUUAUUUGUUACUGCCCGGCACUCCCCAAAUUGAUGGGCUCUCAGUGAGUUUCCAGUUUCGAACUUGGAACAGAGAUGGUCUGCUCCUGUCAACAGUGUUGUCAGAGGAUUCGGGAAUCCUGCUGCUCUACCUGGAGGAUGGGAUGCUGAGGCUUGUUAUCCAGAAGAUGACAGAACGCUCCAUGGAAAUCCCCACAGGAAACAACCUGAAUGAUGGCCUGUGGCAUUCAGUUAGCAUCAAUGCCAGAAGGAACCGCAUUACUUUGACACUAGAUAAUGAUGCAGCAUCCGCUGCUCAUGAAACCACUCGACUGCAGAUUUACUCUGGGAAUAGCUACUAUUUUGGAGGGUGCCCAGACAAUUUCACCGAUUCCCAAUGUUUAAAUCCCAUUAAGGCUUUCCAAGGCUGCAUGAGGCUCAUCUUUAUUGAUAACCAGCCCAAGGACCUCAUUUCGGUUCAGCAAGGUUCCCUGGGGAAUUUUAGUGAUUUACACAUUGAUCUGUGUAGCAUCAAAGACAGAUGUUUGCCAAAUUACUGUGAACAUGGAGGAACAUGUACGCAGUCCUGGGCCACCUUUUACUGUAACUGCAGUGACACAGGGUAUACUGGAGCCACAUGCCAUAACUCAAUCUAUGAGCAAUCCUGUGAAGCCUACCGGCACAAGGGAAAUACAUCUGGUUUCUUCCACAUUGAUUCAGAUGGUAGCGGGCCUCUUGAGCCACUCUACGUUUACUGCAAUAUAACAGAGGAUAAGAUCUGGACUGCUGUGCAGCAUAACAACACAGAGCUCACUCGAGUGCGAGGGGCACAUCCCAAGAGGCCCUAUGUCAUGUACUUUAACUACAGCAGCAGCAUGGAGCAGCUGGAGGCGAUGAUCAACAGUGCUGAGUACUGUGAGCAGGAGGCCAUUUACCAUUGCAAGAAAUCUCGUUUGCUGAACACCCCCAGUAAGUUCCCUGCACCUCAGCUCUUUCUUUGUGUGGUCUUUGCUGGUUGUCCAUUUAGGCCUUUGGGGCUAGGAAGGAGAAAUGUGCCUUGUCAGGUGUAG